AUGGCAGAAGCAGCAAAGAGUCAGAGGUAUGCAGUGGUCACAGGAGCUAAUAAAGGGGUUGGAUUUGCCACAGUUAGGCAGUUGGCUUCAAAUGGGGUCAUAGUUGUGUUAACUGCGAGAGACGAGAAAAGGGGUCUUGAAGCUGUUGAUAAAUUGAAAGAGUUUGGCCUCUCAGACCUUGUGGUUUUUCAUCAGCUUGAUGUAACAGACGCUGCAAGCAUUGCUUCCCUUGCAGAUUUUGUCAAAGCCCAAUUUGGGAAACUAGAUAUCUUGGUAAACAAUGCAGGGGUUGGUGGAACCAUUGUAGACCCUGAAGCUAUGAGAGCUGCUGCAGCUUCAGGUCUUGGUAAGGAAGGAGUAGAAGUCAACUGGACUGAAUUAAUGACUCAAACGUAUGAGUUAGCUGAAGAAUGUGUGAAAACAAACUAUUUUGGUGCCAAGAAAAUGACCAAAGCACUCCUUCCCCUCCUCCAGCUUUCUGAUACACCAAGAAUUAUCAAUCUUACUUCUACCGUGGCAGCAUUAAAGAAUAUCCCAAAUGAAUGGGCCAAAGGGGUGUUAAGUGAUGCUGAGAAACUUACAGAAGAGAGAAUAGAUGAUGUUUUGAAUGAGUUUCUCAAAGACUUCAAAGAAGAAAUGCUAGAAACCAAAGGCUGGCCUCCUUCCCUCUCUGCCUAUAUACUUUCAAAAGCAACACUGAAUGCAUACACUAGAUUCGUGGCCAAGAAGUACCCGAAUUUCUUCGUCAACUGUGUCUGCCCUGGAUUUGUCAAAACAGAUAUGACCUUCAAUGCUGGCAUAUUAACCAUUGAUGAAGGUGCUGAAAGUGUUGUGAGGUUGGCAAUGCUUACCAAGGGUAGUCCUUCUGGCCUCUACUUCCUUUUAAAAGAGGUCUCAUCAUUUUGA